AUGUUCCGAAUUCUCGAAUCUCAGGCUCCGGCCAAACAAACGGCUACGGACACUAUCAAUACUCUGAGUAGUCGGCUCCAGAGCGCUACUUUGUUGGAAGAUAGAAGAGCGGCGAUUCAAGGACUCAGAAGUUUCUCCAAGACCUAUCCUGCUUCUGUUGCUUCGGGCGCUCUGCGACCGUUGAUCAGUAGCUUGAGAAAUGACCGUGAAGAUGUGGACACUAUCAAAGUGGUCCUGGAGACCUUGUUGAUGUUAUUCACCCCCGACGAAAAUAGUCCCGAAGCCUCGGAUGAGAUCGCUCUCUGGUUGUCAGAUGAAUUCACCCAGGCAUUGCUGACUGGGCGGAAGCGACAAGACAACAUCACCGCCCUUCUCGACCUUUUAGAUAAUCGGGAUUUCUACUCUCGCCUCUACGCUCUGCAAUUGAUGUUUCAGAUUUCUAGCGCGCGGCCGGAGAGGACACAGGAGUGCAUUCUAACUGCGCCACUCGGUAUCCCGAGGCUGGUUAGUGCUUUGGGAGAUUCUCGCGAGCCGGUACGCAAUGAAGCGUUACUUCUUCUCAUCGCGCUCACGCCAGCAUCGGAGGAAUUCCAGAAGCUUGUUGCCUUCGAAAAUGCAUUUGAUCUGAUAUUCUCCUUGAUCGAGGCUGAAGGCGCAUUGAGCCAUGGGUCGGAAGUCGUUGAGGACUGUCUUUCUCUACUUGCCAACCUCCUGCGGCUCAACAUUUCCAACCAGUCAUACUUCCGCGAAACGGGCUGUGUCAAGCGACUAGCAAAACUCCUUGCGGACGCAAACCAGGAUGAAGAGCCCGAAGAACAGGCCCCACAGUGGACCUUCGCUCACCGUGACAAGAAUAUUUGGGGACUUUUGGUCAUAAUACAGCUUUUCCUCGUGAAGGGAGGUGUCAACACCCCUGCUAAUCAGAUGGCCUUCUGGAAUCAUGGGGUUAUGGAGCAAGUGUUGAGCACGGCUUUUGGCCAAAGGUUCAACGUGAAUGUAACGGCUAAGGCACUUGCAACAUGUGCAGACCUGAUUCGCGCAAACAAACCGUUGCAGGAAAGAUUUGGUGAUGUGGAGGUGGUUUGGGGCUCGGGGACUACUAAUGGGGCUGCUGUGAAUGGCAAUGCGGAAGUCAAGCAGACUCAGCCGAUCAAUGUCAUCGAAGCCUUACUUAAAUUGACACUAGAGCCUGCACCUACGUCGCUUCUUGACGCUCGUCUAGCUGCGUGCGAGUGCGUCAAGGCAUUCUUUUCGAACCAUUCUGGAAUUCGUGUUCAUGUACUGGGUCGGGCGAUUCAAGGUCAUGUUAGCGGGGAAGACCAGAUUCCGAAUAUUCUAACCGUCCUACUUACACCCCCGGAGCUCCGAGGAAACGCCGAUCCUUAUCAGACUUGGAUGGCGGCUGUGCUGAUGUACCAAUUGCUGCUGGAUAAUGCUGAAGCAAAGGAGAUCGCCAUGGGAGUGACCGAGGGAGAUGCUGAACAGGGAGAAGAGGUGAUCACCUGUAUCCAGACAAUAGUGGGCAACUUGAUCACUGGUCUGCAGCGUGGGGACGAUGAACGUAUCACCCUCGGGUAUCUGAUGUUGCUCUGUGGUUGGCUUUUUGAGGAGCCCGAUGCCGUGAAUGAUUUCCUAGGCGAGGGCAGCAGCAUCCAGAGUCUACUCCAAGAAGUAAAGCAUCGUGGGGUCUCUAAUGUGCUCGUGCCUGGUCUCUGCACAAUUCUACUGGGAAUCAUCUACGAAUUCUCCUCGAAGGACUCGCCUAUACCCCGCAAGACAUUGCACAAGCUCAUCCUCGAUCAGUUGGGACGAGAACAAUAUAUUGAUCGAAUCAGACGAUUUAGAGAAGCCCCCUUGGUGCGUGACUUUGAGGUUCUUCCGCAAACCGUGGGAGCACAAUCUGAUGGCGGGCUUCCGGAAAUCUAUUUUGACCGGACGUUCAUCGAAUUCUUGAAAGACAAUUUCAGUCGUUUGACUCGUGCAAUCGACCGAGAGCCUGAAUUGGAAAUAUCCAUAAUCACCAACGGUGUCGAAAGAGGUGUGUCGCGUGAAUUAGUUGACACCCUCCGAGCGGAAAUCGAGGAAAAAGGUAACGUGGUACAAAAGCUGGAGGAGGACCUGCUUGCUCUGCAAGCUAAGUUUGAGCAUGAGCAAGCUGAACACAGGAAGACCCGAGACUCAACUGCCGUAGAAUCUACCAAGUUACAACAGAUCAGCGAGUCCCUCAAAAGAAGCCAUGAACAGGAUAUUGCGGCGCUGAAGGCGCAGCAGAAACGCGACGAAGUCGAACUUGCAAGGAAACAUGAGGAGCAACUUCGAGCUUUCGAGCAGCGAUUCAAGGAAACCGCGGCUGAUUACGAAAGGCAGCUUUAUCACGCCAAAAAGCACCAUGACACCGAGCUCGCUGAUUUACGGAAGCAUAGCCGCUCGUUAGAAAUUGACCUUGCUCGAAUCCGUGACCAGCAUGCAGGCGAGAUUGCUAAAUUGCAGGCGACGAUCCAGAGAUUGAGCGCUGACGCUGAAAAAGUAAAGGAACAGCAUGUGGCCGAGGUCCUCGACCUCAACAGCACAGUCCAGUCUCUUCAGUCCAGGCUCGAAUCUAGCAAAGAGCAACACUCUGCCGAGGUGUCUGGCCUAAAUAAGGCAAUCGGCAAACUUCAAUCCGAGCUUGAGUUGAGCGAGCAAAAGCAUGCAAAGAAAUCGUCUGAUCUGAACGAGACAAUCAGCAAACUUCAAUCCCAGCUUGAAUUCAGCGAGCAAAAGCAUGCAACGGAAUUGUCCGGUUCGAAAAAGACAAUUGAGGAUCUGGGGGCUCAGCUCGACGCUAGCAAAGAGCAGCACGCGGAAGAAUUGUCAUCGCAGCGCGAGACGAUCGACCUUCUCCAGUCUCAACUCGAUGCACAGAAAGACAAUCAUGCCGAGCAACUGUUGACUCUCAACAAAACGAUCAGUGACCUCCAGUCCGAACUGCAAGCCAGCGAGGAUAAACACGCGGCUGACGAAUUGUCUAGUCUCAACGACACAAUUCUGGCUCUCAGAUCAGAUAUCGUCAAGAUCAAGCAGCAGCAUGAGGCUGAACUUGCUGAUCUUGAGACCACUAGGCAGGGGCUACAAUCUGAGUUAAAGGCGGUAACAGAGAAGUCUACACAAGAUUUGCAAUCCGCGCGUAAAGACAGCUCAGACAAGCACGCUGCGCUAGAAGAGCAAGUCAAGAAGGCCGAGAGUGAGGUUGAGCAAGCCAAAGCAGAAGCUCAAAGGUCUGCAGCAGCCCUGGACUCUACACGGAAAGAGCUUGAGAAGGUACGCUCCGAGGCCAACGAGAGGGAGGAAGCUCGCCAGGCGGCGCAGUCCGAACUAGAAGAUCUUCUCAUUGUCUUCGGAGAUCUUGAAGCAAAGAGGAACCAGGACAAGCAACGCCUCAAAGAUCUUGGACAAGAAGUAUCUGAAGCAGAAGAUGAAGACGAGGAAGAAGAGGAUGAUGAGGAAGUGGAGGAGUAG